AUGAUAUAUCUAGGAUACUUUUUGAUAUACAAUGUUCGAUAUAAUUUGAGUGUCCACGUGGUGGAUUUAGUAAAAUUGACAAAAAGAGAGGAAGACGGUGUUUAUAAUCAGUCUACUGUUCUAAGAUCACAAGCUACAAAAUCUGCUCACGUCGUGGAAGUUUUGUAUUGGGGUGACAUGAAAGUUGCGAAGCUGUUUUCCGCUUACCACAUUGGAUAUUUUAUUUGUUUUCCUAUAUUUCACAACUGGGGAGACAGGAUCGGUCCUACUUGGGUAGUGGGAAUAGCUGGGAUGACAUCAGGAAUAUUGUCCUGCCUAACUCCCGCUGCCGCCUAUUGCAGUUUUUGGUCGGUAUUUAUUUUGCGGAUAGUAAUGGGAUUUUGUGCGGGUGCCAUGCAGCCCAGUAUGGUGCAGGUUUUGAGAGACUGGGUCCCGCCAAUAGAAAGGAACCAUUUUAUGUGGGCCUAUUGCGGCAUUACAACUGGUACUUUUUGCACUUUUUUAAUCUGUGCCGGCGUGCAUUACUAUUCCCACUGGCCAGUGGGGUUCUACAUCACUGGUGGGAUGCAGUUGAGCUGGUCAGCUCUGUGGGUCAUCAUAGUCACGGACUGCCCGCAGAAACAUCCAUAUAUUUCUAAAGACGAGUUGAUGUACUUGAAAAACACUAUCGGAACAAUAUUCCCUAUCAAAUUAGCAAAUGCUCACACGCCCUGGAAGUCCAUAAUCAGAUCGGUACCGUUCUGGGCUCUGUGCAUGUUAAAUUUCGGAUACGCUUGGUUCAUCAUAGCGCUUUGCCUACACGGACCAUUCUAUUACUCGAUUGUUGUUGGCUAUGGUAUUUGUCAUGCUGCUGCUUUGACGGCUUUACCUUUCAUUUUACGGUUUAUUCUGGGAACAAUCGUUAUACAAACUUACCAUCGGUACAAGUUGAAUACAGAUGUCGUGAGGAUAAAAAAUAUCAGAAAGUAUUUCGUUAUUUUUUCGCAUGUGAUUCCAGGAAUUUUGAUAAGUAUUUGUUGGCUACUGCCUGUGGUGCCUGGGCCGAUCUUAUUGUCAACAGCAAUAGCUUUGACAGCAGUAGGAAUGGAAAUGACCUUAGAUUUAUGUUAUGAAUUAACCCCAAUGUUUGUAAAUUCUGUUAACACAGUUAUUAAAAUUAUUGGAAACGCGGCUGGAAUUAUUGUUUCGUUGGGUGUGGGGGACAUUUCAUGCAAGUACAAAAAUUCACUUAGCACAUGGAAACACAUAUGGUGCUUUCAUGCCUUGGUUCUGCUUUUAAGUGGAGUUGUAUUUAUUUUGUGGGGCGAGACGAACGUGCAACCAUGGAAUACACUAGGGAUAAGAAGGCCUGUACUCCAAAGAUUAAACCCUAAAGUUUCUAUUAUGUCAAACAUUAUUGAGGUCGAUGAAGAGGAAUCUGCAAAUGGGGAGCCUAUUUCAGAAGUUGGGGAAUUAGCCCAACCCAAAGUAAAAUAUAAAAUAUCACAGAUUUAAGGCUGUCGUUGCACCAAAUAUACCUUUAUAGAAAGUGAAAAGUGAAACUGAUGUAAAAUAUAAAAUCGUUAAGAGUUUAUAUAUUUAGAUUGUAGAUAUGUUUUCUUUACUUUUGCUUCCUUUGCUAAAGGAUCUUGAAGGAUCCUAUAUUCUAUUUAUGAAUCUCUGCCAAAUUUCGUCAAAAUAGUUCUGUAGUUUUUGUGUAUAUGUCACUUAAUAAUAGAUAUCUAUUAAAAUAUGGAUAAAUUCCAGCUCGACGUACGUGACUUUCAAUUUUGGUCUCCUCGAGAACAUUUCCAAAAUCCAAAUCUUAUUCCUCUAAGCCUGUAAGGGAAAGACAUGAUUUAUCUAUAUUGAAAAUUCUAGGAAAUCUCUUUAUUUGAUAAAAAAAAAUAUAGGUAGAUAGUUGAU